AUGAGCAACAAAUUCUCGGGCACCUGGAAACUCAUCUCCAGUGAGAGCUUUGUUGAUUACAUGAAAGAUCUGGGUGUGGGGUUGGCCACCAGAAAACUGGGAAAUUUGGCCAAGCCUACAGUGAUCAUCAGCAAGAAAGGGGACUGUAUAACUUUACAAACUGAAAGUACCUUUAAAAGUACAGAGAUCUCUUUCAAACUGGGCCGGAAAUUUGAAGAAACCACAGCUGACAAUAGGAAAACCAAGAGUGUAGUAACCCUGGAGAGAGGCUCACUGAAUCAAGUGCAGAAAUAGGACGGCAAGAAAACAACGAUAAAGAGGAAGUUGGUGGAUGGAAAAAUGGUUAGUGGUAAGAGUGAAUAUAUGCUGAAGGGCGUGAUCUGCACCAGAAUCUAUGAGAAGGUUUGA